AUGGAUUUCUCCGAAGUUUUGGGCCUUAUCAACUCAGUAAGUGCUCGUAUAAGCUAAAAUAUUAUCUGUUUAGGUUUUGGAGAGCAAUACUCAAAAUGGAAGCAAGGUGUCGGACAUAGAGCGGGUUUUCAAUGAUGUGACAUCAGAGUUGAGUUUGAUACAAAAAGAGUCAAGGGAAGACAAGGGUCGGAGAGAGAUCACAGUAGAUGAAAAAAUUCUCCAUCGAUUCAAUGAAGGUAAAUUGUUUUGUUUGUUUUGUAUUAUUUUUAGUUAUAAACCAACUGAAUGACAACAGGACCUCUGGUCAGAAAGAGUCGGAAGUCAAGGAGUGUCAAAAACUAACCACUUUAUACGAGAUUGAGGCCGAGUGAGUUUUCCGAGUCUUGUAAGCAAUUGCCAUCAAUCGAGGCGUUUUUUGCUUGAGUGUCCAGUUUCUUUCCAAUGUUUAGUCAUUCCUAAAGCCAAUUGUUGCUCUUUUUCGCUUAAAUUUUCUCGGAAAUUCCACAAUUUUUUUUCGUCCCGUUUUCCGAUAGCAUUGUUAUGAAAAUAUUGUUUGUUUAUUUGUUAUCGAUCGUUUUCAUUAUCAUACUUUUAGGCUUGGACGGAAGAUCGAGGGAAUCAACGCCGUCUUCUGA